AUGUAGUUAAAUACUGAAAUUUUUCUAAGAACACGAUUACAUAAAUGAUCGAAAAUAAAUUCUAUUAAAUUAACUCUUUAAUGCACUGAAUUCCCAAAAAGACAGAAAUAUGUUGGCUAUUAAGAAAGGUCGAUCGAAAUUUUAUGUUGUGAUUUUAAUUUCAAUUUUGGGGUUUGAAGCCGACUCUUCAGCAUCAGAAAAAUUGGCAGGAAGCAUUGAAAAUGCCGGCCAAAUACAUACGAAAACAAGAGAUUUCGAAAAUGAAAGUAAAACUGAGAAUACAAUCUUUCGAGAUGAAAGCACUUCGAGAGUUCUGCAGACCCGCUCUUUUACCUCUCAAGUGUUCGAUUUCGACGAACGUUCUCCACUCAGUCCAUUUGCAUACCAAAAGGACCAAACUAACAACCCUCAGACUCCGGCAUUUCACUCUCCCAAGAAAACCCAGCUUCAAUGGAACGAAUUGAGUCACGCAACGGAGAGCGAUGAUGGUGACCAAAGGCAGCUUGAGAUCAGUAACGAACGCUUCAGCCUUGAGAACGAAGAUGAAAAUUAUCAAGACAAGAAGCAUUCAACUUCUACGGACUUGUUUGUUAAGAGAGGCUCUCAAGACAAAGCAACUCAGAGCGUCCGUCCUCAACCAAGACACGAGUUAACACCGAUCGUGUCGACGCGGUACGGCCAAGUUCAGGGCUUUUACAGAACAGUGCUCUUCCCUCCACACGUCAGCCCAAGAGUGUCAAAAAAUUCCAGUUCUAAACUCACGAAAAACCCAAGCAGGGAUCAAAUUUCGAGCCAACCGAGCAGAGCGGUUCGUGCUGCGGUUUAUUUGGGUAUCCCUUACGCCACUCCUCCGGUUAAUGCCAACCGCUUGAGUCCAACCCGCGCCCCGACGAAGUGGCGUGGCGUGCUGACGGCUGUAGCGCAUCCACCCGCUUGUCCUCAACGGCCACCUAAGAAAUAUCAGAGGCUCUUCCAGCACCAGAGCGAAGACUGCCUCUACCUCAACAUCUACGUGCCCGAUGGAGCAGCGACGUCUCCAGUGCUGGUGCUGCUGCACGGCGAGAGCUUCGAGUGGGGCUCCGGCAGCGCUUACGAUGGCAGCCUUCUGGCUACCCUCGGCGACCUCAUCGUCGUUACCCUCAACUUCAGGCUCGGAAUUCUGGGUUUUUUGAACCCUCACGCCGAGCCUCACCGCCCCGCUGUCACCAACAACGGUCUCAUGGACCAGCUCGCGGCGCUGCACUGGCUGCACGAGAACAUCGCAAGCUUCGGCGGCGACCCAGCGCAUGUCACCGUACUGGGCGCUGGGAGGGCCGCGGCAGCGCUCAACUUCCUCAUCAUCUCCCCAGCCGCUGCAGGCGCCGGUCUUUUUAGACGGGCAAUCAUGCUCUCUGGGUCUGCCUUGAGCCCCUGGGCUUUAGUCAAAGACCCAGCCCAUUACGCCCAGCUUACCAGCCAGCAACUGCACUGCCCAGUACUGCAAGCCCAGCAGCCCAGCCUCGAUGAGCUGAUCGCUUGUCUCAGGAACAAAACCAUCAAGCAAAUUAUGGAGGUUUCGUUCACGACGCCCCAGUUCCUGAGCUCCAUGGGCCCCAGCGUUGACGGAGUCACCAUCACGCACGACUGGCAGCAGCACAUGACAAAAAUGGGUAAAGAGAACAGGACUCCAGUGGACAUCAUAACAGGCGUAGCAGCGGCAUCCUACCUGGAGCUGCUGUCACCUAAGAUGAUGGUCGAGGGAUUUGAUGAGGACCAUCGGGACAGGAUUUUCCGGACAUUCGUCACCAAUAAUCAUCAUUAUCAUUUGCAGGAGCUGGUACUAGCCAUCACGGCUGAGUACACUGACUGGUCACUGCCUAGUCAGCCCCAAAAACUAGUGCGGGACAACACACUAGCAGCCCUGCACGACGCUAGUGUCGUAGCGCCUGUCACUGCAGCGGCGGUCAACUUCGCAUCCAAGACAAAGAACCUUUUCUUCUACGUGCUGGAUAAUAAAGCCAGCAGCCAGGACCAAACAGGAGCUCCAAUCACAGAGCUCGCUUACAUUUUGGGCGCACCAAUGGGCGUGCAGUUCCCGAUCUCUGCCGCUGUCAAUCACUCUCAAGCAGACCUCAUCAUCUGCCUCAACUUCAUCAACUACAUCGCGAAUUUCGUCAAAAGCGGCGACCCGAAUUCAGGCGACGUCUAUGAAGAAGAUGCGCUAAAGCAACCCGACGACGCGGGACAAAAGCCCAAAUGGGAUCCUUUUGACGCGAUGUCGCGGCGAUACCUCGAGAUACGUGCCAGCAGUCCUCGCAUAAAAGACCACUACCGCGCAGAUCAAGUCGCGCUCUGGACUUGGCUCAUUCCAGGGCUGGAGAGGGUGGGUUCGCGGCACGGUUCCAAUUCCACCUUCCAUAGAUUUGUCGGCGGGCCUGGAAUUUUCUCAGGUCCUACCAGACCAAAUUCGUUCCUUCCUCCGCCACAUUCCUCCUCAACGACUUUCAAUUCGUCUAUCACCAACGGGACUUUGCUUGUAGGCAAUGGGUCGACGCUCGAAUUCGGUUACCGGAGCAGGAACGGAUCCUAUAGGAUGGCUCAGGACGCCUCGGUUAGGGACCGACUCGGGCAUUCAUCUAAGAACCCUAAGGGACAGCCCAGCAACUCGCACAAGCACGACAUGGCACAUGAUUUUGGUUUGCCCUACACAACAGCCCUGACUUUAACAGCGGCCUUGGGAGUCACAUUACUUUUGCUGAACAUGCUUGUGCUCGCAGCAGUGCAUUACCGCAAGAACAAUCAACACAAAACGCAGCACAAUUUGUCGCAUGGCUUGCCGCACAGCAGCCUGUCUCCCUCGCACUGCGGGACCCUUCAUUCCUCGGCGACCGUCAGGUCCAUUGCUUGCACUCAGGAUUGGCCGCCAGAAUACGCGACAUGUUUCCCGGAGAAUCUCGCACCCAUCCAAUCAGUAGCAGAUGAUUCCCAAUCGCAAUCAGAUCCCUACACACAACGCCACUUGCUUCAACAGCAUCAGCUGCAGCAACAUCAGUUACAGCAACAACACGAGCAGCAGCAAUUGAUUCAGCAACAACAGGAGCAGCAACAAAUUCAACAUGAUUUGAUGAGUCACCAACAAUACGGUCAGCAUUGCGUGCAACCAGGACAGUCUGAAGUGCAACGAACGUCACUUGAACCGUUAUGGCAACAGCAGCAGCAAUCCGAGCAUGUGAUGCAACAACACCAGCAUCAACAACAACAUUUAUUAACGCUUAGCCAACAGCAGGAACAACAACUCCAGUGUCAUUUGCAGAUGGAACCAUCGCCGUCUGCUGGCAAUCUCCUGACGCAUCAGUAUCAUUCUGCGGCAGCUACCGAAGUCCCGGAUCAAGAUGGCGCACGUCGUCGCAUGUUUGGAGAAGAACAUUUGCACAACAAAGCCGAGCUGGCAGACGACAUCGGAAGGGAAGACCAAGAGUGCAUGUCUCAGCGGCACGCUACAAUAAAGGGUGGCGCGUCAACGCUCAAAAGAGCGUCUGCUGCAGCUUGCUCAAGCAUCCCUAGCCACAAUUCUUCACUCGCGAGGAAUUCUCAGCGUUCGUCUUCACUAAGGAGAAAUUCGCUUGGCGUCAAAGGGCCUUCUAGUGAAAGCUUUUCUCAGAACAGAAAUAUUACUGAUACCUUUACGCUUAAGAGAAUUCCUAGUGGAGCAUCCGUUGUGAAGCACAAUCUACAUGAUACUUCAACACUGAAACGAAACCCAAUGGACUUUUCUGCUACUGCAAGAAACCAAACCGAAACAUCGACGAUCAAAAGGAAACCUGUAGGCACAGUGGAAAAUGCGAAGAAUUCACCCGUCCUGUCACCUGUCAGUGGCAAUUUUGUGGGAAACAUUAAAGUUGGAGCCAAGCCAUCGCCUCCGCCGAGAUCUUCUUCGGUUCCUCCCUCUGAAACUACGUCGCUCAUGGGUGACGUGAACGAUACUCAAGUUAUCCGUGAUUAGAUAAAUCUAAAAUUAAAUUUUUUAGUAAAAAACACGCCGAAAUUGUUGGGAAAAUAAAAUUUCAAGAUGCAAUGGAAGACAAUUUACGUGUAAAUAGGUAUAGACUACACAUUUUUUGACGUCGCGAAAAGAAUGUGUGAAAUCUUCAAUAGGAUUUAGCUAAAAAUUCGUGGUCAAUUCAAAAAUCAAAAGAGUAAUUUGAAUGGUAUAACUCCGAAAUUUUAAUGAAAAAUUAGUCCUUAGGAACAACAGGAAAAAAACUGUAGCUUAUCGUUGAAGGAUGCUAAAUUGUAGCAUCUGGUCUGCGAAGUAGAUUGACGAAAAUUUUUUUUAUUAUCAUCUAAGUGUAACGAAAAUUUUUACUUAAACUCGCUUCUUCACAAAAAAUUGUAAGUUUACUAGAAUUGUAGAAUUAAGAGAGCGCAAUCAACACCCACUAGUUUUAGUAUUCAUAUACAUCGUUAUUUUAUUUUCUUUCUUGUAAGACUACUGAGGUUUUCAUUUCUUAUUCAUAAGCGUUAAAAUAUUAACGCAACGUCUUGAAGCAAUGAAGAAACUUGACCAACUCAUUUUGGAUGAGGAUAAAUUAAAUAAUUUCUGAAAAAGUAAUUUUCCGUAGUUCUGCUCUUGGCAAACACUUGAAAUAGAAUGCAGUCUCGUAUGAAAUUCGUAUGAAAUUGAUUGUGCUCAGAUUAGGUCAUUGAAAUACUCUAAAUUGACAACCGUCAUUUUACCGUUGAAUUUAUUGCAACAGUUUGAAGAAACUCGAAAGCUACCUAAUUGAAAGCUUCUGAGAUGCCUCAUUACCUUUAAUUCCAUGUCAAAAUUAUUAUGAUCAAAAGAAACACUAUUAAUUCUGACAGGAAUGCUCGCCAAUUCAUAACACAGUAACUAAAGAAAAACAAAUAUUAAUAUUCAUAAUUUUAUAUUACGGUGCUGCCUUCUAUUAUGCUGGCAUUCAUUUAGGCAUCGUGUACAGAGUUAACAAUCUUAAAAUAGUUAAAUAUCUGUUUAUAGUUAACUGUCUUAUCGUGGUUAUCAAUCUUAUCGCAGUUGACUGCUUUAUCAUAGUUAACUAUCAUUAUCAUAUUUAACUAUCUAAUCACAGUUAACUAUACUAUCAAAGUUAACUAUCUCAUCACAUUUAACUUCCUUUUCACAGUAAUCUGCCUUAUCACAGUUAACAGUUUCAUCACAGUUAUCUGUUUUAUUACAUUUAACUGUCUUAUCACAGUUAACUCUCUUAUCACAGUUAACAGUUUCAUCACCGUUAUCUGUUUUAUUACAUUUAACUGUAUUAUCACAGUUAACUUUCUUAUCACAGCUAACUGUCCUAUCACAGCUAACUGUCCU